AUGUACCCAGUACUGUUGGAUGCACACUCUAACAUGAGGUAUAGGGAUUACCUACCACAGCAGAUAGUCGCACUGCGUCCGAUGCAGGCACCACUGAGAUCCGCAUCCUUUAUCUCGCCUUACGCCACCGAUCUACCCCGAACGGCUUUUGCUGCUCCGUAUCAGAAUCGCGUAUCGGUCGCUAUCAACGGCGUCUGCAGCUGA